AUCAGCAGGGGAAGCGGUGUUUCCAGCAGACCCGUCUGUCUCAGCAGAGCUUCUUUGUUAUUCUCAGGGACAUUAUAAAAACAAAUGUUGCUGCUAACGUCUUUUUAAAUACUAUUUUUUAACAGCUUUUAAAUCAGUUCCUUGUUUUUUUCACUUAAAUGUUUUAUUUAUUUGCUUUUGUUGUUUUACAUCAAUUUUAGACUAAAUUGCACUUUUCAUCUCUCUGCAUGUUUUGCUGUUACUUCAUUUGAUCUUUUCUGUGAUGUUUCUUUUCUAAUUCACCUGAAUAGAAAGGAAAUAAUGGACAGACUGACUCUAGUCACACAUCUGGGAGUGGCAUCACAGCUUUCAUCCACAGAACAGAUCUGCUGCUGUCUCUGGAACCGCUUGGCUUCAAAUUGGUUUGACUGACAAAAAUGAAAUAAGAAAAUCCCCUUAAAAGGGAUAUCAGAGUGAAAAGAAAAACAACAACAAAAGAAAACCUGGGUAAGCAAACGGUGAGGAGCUACAGAGACAAGAGGAGGCGUGGCAUCAGAGGGAGGCAGAGAGACGGAGGAGAGUGGAUCCUCCCUGCAUCCUGAGAUGCUGUGCUGGAUGAGGGAGGAUGAGAUGUCGGUUCAGGAGCUGCUACAACGAGUGCAGUGUGUCAUCGCACAUGUCGAUGAGAUCAUGCAGCAGGAGAUCAGGCCCCUGCUGGCUGUGGACAUCAUAGAGCAGCUUCAUCGCCAGUUUGCCUUGCUUUCAGGAGGGAGAGGGAAGGAUGGAGCCCCCAUCAUCACUUUCCCGGAGUACUCAGGCUUUAGUGAAGUACCAGAGGAAGAUUUCCUGAAUGUCGUUACCUACCUGACCAGUAUCCCCAGCUUGGAUGCUGCAAGCAUCGGCUUCAUCAUCAUCAUUGAUCGGAGGAAGGAUAAAUGGAGUUCAGUGAAGGCCUCUCUGUCCCGGAUCGCCGGUGCGUUUCCAGGAAACCUUCAGCUGGUGCUGGUGCUGAGGCCAUCCAGAUUCUUUCAGAGGACAAUAGCAGAUAUUGGAAUAAAACUCCACAAAGAUGACUUCAAAAUGAAGGUGGUUAUGCUGAACUCCCUGGCAGAUCUUCAUGGGUAUGUGGAUAAAAGUCAACUGACCCAGGAAUUUGGAGGUAGUCUGGAAUACUCUCACAGCCAGUGGAUCCACCACAGAACUGCUAUAGAAAACUUUGCCCUGACUGUGAAGACUACAGCGCAGAUGCUGCAGAGGUUUGGCACAGAGCUGGCAGAGACAGAGCUUCCCAAUGACGUCCAGAGCACCAAAGACCUGCUUUCAGCGCACACUGAGAAACACAAUAACCUGAAGGAAGAACUGAAACUAGCUUUAAGACAAGGCAACACCUUGUUUGCCUGCAUCAAGGAUCAGGCGGCAAAGUCAGAGGAUCACAGACUCAACCCUGAUGAGUUGGAGAACCAAACCACGGUAGAAAGGCUGCUGGCCCAGCUCGAUGAGACGGAGAACGCAUUUGAACAGUUCUGGUCUAAGCAUCAUCUGAAGCUGGAGCAGUGCCUGCAGCUGCGCCACUUUGAACACGACUUCAGAGAGAUUAAAGUGUCUCUGGAUCACCUGAUGGACUCUCUAAGAAAUGUACCGGAUGCUGGGGAUUGUGUGGCCAGAGUGGAGCAUCUGCUGAAAGAGAUUAAAGCUCUUGAGGAAAACGCUCAGCCAACAGUGGAAAAGGCGCAGCUGCAUGCCAUGCACGGCGAUCAGCUCAUCCAAAGCAACCACUAUGCGGUGGACUCCAUCCGCCCUAAAUGUGUGGAGCUCCGGAGAGUCUGUGAUGACUUCAGCAACGAGGCCAGGAAGAAGUCGGAUGUCUUGUCUAAAUCCCUGCACAUACAUACAGGCGUUGAGAAGAUUAACCAGUGGUGUGAGUCAGGGAUCUACCUGCUGGCUUCCCAAGCGGUGGAUAAGUGUCAGUCCCAGGAAGGGGCAGAAUCAGCUUUAAUAGACAUCCAACACUUUUUGGAGUCGGCAGAAAAGAACCAAGCGACAGAACUGAGGAACCUUCACAACCAGUAUGAGAGCGUCCUAUCAGAGGAUAUAAAGGGCAAUGUGCUCAGGGCCCUCAAACGGCUGGAAGAUGUUCAGGAGAUGAUUGAAAAGAGACAAGUAAGCCUUAAGAGGCUAUCAGCAAAACAGACGAGACCCAUUCAGCCAGUUGCUCCACGGCCGGAGUCAUCUCCUAAACGUCCCACACAGAAGAACCCCAGCAGGACACCGGUGGGCCAGCAGGCCUUGGCUCGGAAGCUGUCUGAUAACUCCAACAGCAGCAAACUGCCGGCUGAAGCUGAUCCCAACAAGAAGAAGAACAUAAGGAGAACCAAGGGAGGCAUAAAGAUUGAAGUGAUGCAUGAGGAGAGCCAAGGAGGUUCGACGCAUGUUGUGGUUUCAAAUGAGAGGGAGGAGACUCUGUCCAAUAGACGCAGACACAUCAUGACUGAGCUGAUUGAAUCAGAACGGAUUUAUGUGGAGGAGUUGCACAGCAUCAUGGAGGGUUACGUAGCUGAACUGAAUAAUUCAGAGCUCAGCCACCUGAUCCCCCCAUCGCUGGAGAACAAGAAGGAGCAACUCUUUGGGAACCUGCCAGAAAUAUACGACUUUCACAACAAGACAUUCCUUAUGGAGCUGGAGAACUGUGCGGAAAACCCAGAGCUGGUUGGAACCUGUUUUUUGAAGAGGAAAGAAGAACUGCAGGUGUAUGAGAAGUACUGUCAGAAUAAACCGCGCUCUGAGGUUGUGUGGCGACAGUGUGGAGACAGUCCCUUCUUCCAGGAAUGCCAGAAGAAACUAGACCACAAGCUUUCCCUGGAUGCCUACCUGCUGAAGCCCGUUCAAAGAAUCACCAAAUAUCAGCUUCUGCUUAAGGAAAUGUUAAAAUGCAGUAAAGAUGAAGGGAUAGCUGAGCUGGAGGAGGCGUUAGCUACCAUGCUAGAGAUCAUCAAGUCUGUCAAUGACUCCAUGCACCAGAUCGCCAUCACUGGGUUUGAGGGGAACCUGAGUGAACUGGGGAAGCUGCUGAUGCAGGGAUCGUUUAAUGUGUGGACUGACCAUAAGAGAGGCCAUAGUAAGGUGAAGGACCUGGCCCGGUUUAAGCCCAUGCAGAGGCACCUCUUUCUGUACGAUAAGAUGCUGCUGUUCUGUAAGAAACGAGAGGAGACCAGCGAGGGCCAUGAGAAGACUCCAUCCUACAGCUUUAAGCACUCACUAAAGAUGAGUUCAGUGGGAAUAACAGAAAAUGUUAAAGGAGACCAUAAAAAGUUUGAGGUGUGGUAUAACGGCAGAGAAGAAGUCUACAUAAUCCAGGCUCCAUCCAUGGAGGUGAAGAACAUGUGGGUCUCAGAGAUCCGUAAAGUUCUUACUGGUCAGCUGGAAGCAUGUCGAGAGGCCAGCCAGAACAGCAGCUAUGGCGUCCCCAUGAGGAUUGUCCGUAAGAUGGCACUGAGGCAUUCUGAUUCAUCAAGUCCCGAGUCCGGAUUGAGGAGAGCUAAUCCCAGUCCCAACAUGAGGCAGAAGAAAGAGCCCACAGCCAAAGAAGCGGAGAUUCCCCGUCGCUUCUCCCUCACUUCCUCUCUUGCCUCCUCUUCCUCUGCCAUGCGACGCACCAAAGGUUCCCUCUCUGCUAGCAUUAAGAGCAAGAGACACGAGAUAAAGAGUGAUCCUACUCCGUUUGGUUAUGAAGAUACACUGCGUGGUGCGAUUGCUGCAGGUGGGAAGCGGCAGAGCAUGACCAGCAGCAUUUCUAGUGUUGCUGGUAGCAAAGCGGCCGUCCCCAGAUCAACCUCCCAGCCAGGUAACUGUAGAGCCAUUUAUGGGACAUCUUGUUUGGAAAGGUUUGACAUCAGCCAUGAGAACAUUUACCAUCUCUGAAACGGGCUAAAGGAU